GACAUGUUUUUGUUUGGUUACGAAGUAGUUGCAGUUUGACGAAAUUGCUUAGUUGAUCGAAAUUAGCGAUAUCCGUGAAGAAAGAAAGUAGAGACAUUACAAUUGCGAGUAACGAUAGAUUGUCUGCUCUUAUUAAACAUUAGACACAGUUUCUUUGAAGAUGUAUUCUUAGGAAUAAAAAUUAAAAAAAAAAAGAAUUACAUCUAACCUUUGAUCGUUAAAAAUCGAGAUUGCCUAAGUUCAUGGCGUACAUAACCUGUUUCUCUUGUUUUAAACCGCUUACACCUGACACCACCUCAUAAAUGAAUCAAGUGUAACACUACGAUGUGACAAUUAUGAGCGGCCAAAUGAAAGUCAAGUCGCUUUCGCUUAGUCGACGGACCCAGACUCCACCGUCCAAGGAAGAAGGUGGAAAGCUGGUCAUUACGGAAACAGAGAAGGCGCAGGUGUCGAAUCUGGACAGCGUGCUAAGUUCUCCGAUCUCCCGUACAUCACGUCUUUGUUCAACACCGAUUAGAAACAAUGUCGAAGUCAGACUUAGGGAUGAAUCGCCGGAUCAAGAUCUCCACGAUAGUCCGACAUCGUUUUACCCCUGCACGCAGGAAAGCGGCAGCGAAAUAGCCUGGGAUUGGUACAGCACUACGAACGGGCAUUACAAUUCGUCCGGUACGGAUAGGGCGGGCGGAAAGGGUAACACGAUGAAUAACAACACGCCGAAGCGAACGCAGCUGUUGUCAAAGAAGAAACGUUUGGCGAAAUCAAAUUCUCCCUUAUUGAAUAUUCCUCCCAAGAGAAAACUCAUGCAAAUGGACGUCGCUGAGAGCAUUGGAAAGUUUGCCGCAGAGCUUAAGGCUCUUACUGAUAACAUAAAGAUGGAAAAAGACAGCAGCGAGGGUCGUGAAACAGGAUCAAUAGCAGCAGCCUCGGAAGCCUCUACUAAAGUGACCAACAUAUUUGACAUGAAGACGCAGGCCGUCAGGCAAGAGGCUGAUGUAGAUAUUCACGAAGUGUCAACGUUCGACUUUAAUGUUUUGAUUGAAAAGUCUCCUGAAUGUAACAACGACACCAAGACGAAUGGUUCUAGUAUCGACGACAUGUUUGACGAGUCUCUUGACGAGUGCAUGGUGCAGUGCAGUCAGGAAGUCGAGGACAAACUAAAGCUGAUAUCGGAGAUGCCUAAGAAGGUAGAGAAGCCUGCGACUGUGACUUUAGCGAGCAAUUGCAGAAGGCCAAACGCGGAUUUGAACGUUAAACGAAGCUUGAUGAACACUGUGAGUGGACAGAAUAAUUUUGAAAUGAGAAACGGAGUGAAUGCGAAGGCUGUGAAAGGGUGCGACGAGACAAUGAUGGGGAACGAUAUUCCAGCCUCCCAAAUUCCAGAUGAUUCUUUCGACGAUUGCUUGGCUCUUUGUCUCGACGAUGAGGAUGAAUUACUGAGCCAGUAUUUGAACAAUAACAAAGUAAAGAGUUUGAAUAACUCGACAAAUCCUAACUCUGCGAAAAUGGGGGCGAGCAAUUCAUCGUCAAAUACAGUAGGUACGAAUAACUGGACAACAACGAACUUGGAUAAGGCAAAUCCAAGACCGACGACCAGUAGGACAAACCAGCCAAUGGAAACCAGCUCCAAUUUUAAACGAAAACAACAAUUUACAACGAGUUCUGAGGGUGCGUUAGGCCACGAGAGUCGAAAAUUCUUCAAGAUCAAAAGUUUGUCUGAUUCCAUCUGCGCGAAUACAAGCACAGAAACUGAUUCACCUUGGAAGACAGUAGUUUCGAAUAAUUCGACAACGAGGAACUUGGACAAUGCGAAUUCGAGGCCGACGACCAAUUGGACAAACCAACCGAUGGAAACCAGUUCAAAUUUUAAAAGAAAACAACCGUCUACAAUGAGUUCUGAGAGUGCGGUGGCACACCAAAACCGAAAAUUCUUCAAGUCUAAAAGUUUGUCGGAUUCAAACUGCGGAAAUGGAAGCGCAGGAACGGCGGGAAAUUCAAAAUCGAACCUGAAUUCGAACAUGGGGAUAUGUAAUGCUAGACCCAUGUCAAAGUCUUCGUCUAAUCAUAAUUUAAGCGCGCAAAAAAGGAACGACGCGUGUUCCACUCCUAAUUUGAACAAUCCCGGUUUGUCCGAUAGUCAGGUAUCUUAUUCGUACCUGAGAUACAGCAGCAAUACCAACGGCGUCUCAAACGGAUCUGCAAGAAAUUCUGAUCCUUACGCAAUUCCUACUUUACCGACCGACAGGCAAGGAAGGUUGGCGCUUUGCACGCCUGAAGAAAUCGAGAGAAAACGUACCGAAGCUAGGAUGAGACUGGAAGCGAAUAAAUUAAGGAAACAAGGAAACACAGGAAAACCAGAUGUUGGUCCAGAUGGUAAGAGACCGACUGUAAAGAGAUAGAAAAUAUUCCUCACGCCUAGAAUUGUUAUUUGUUUCUGUAUUUAUGUUUUUUCGAAUAUAGUUUUUCGUAUCGUUGAAUACGUUUAUAACACAUUUUUAAAUAAUUUUUUUUUCCGUCUACUCCUCGUAUCUCUUGCAGUAAACUUUUUUUCAAUCAAAGUAUAAUAGCAAAAAUCGUUGCCCAAGAACAACGAGGUUUCAAAGAAUGGAAUUUUUUUUCUCGUUCUGGGGUUUCGAAUUGUAAUAAUAAUAAUGAUAA